ACAAAAACAAAAUCAGAAAUUGAAGCCUCAAGCAAAUUUCUUGCAUCCAAUCUUGUUAUGAUCCUCAUCAACACUUCAUCAAAAUUCAUCCCUUUUCCUCUCAUGUUCAUGUUUCAUCCCAAAAACACCUUCUGCACAUCACUCUUUAAAUGGCCCUUCUCUUCACCAUCUCCUUCUUCAUUCUCCUCCUCCUCCUCCUCGCACCUCCGCAACCCGCCGCUGCCGUCGUCGUCGAACCUCAGCCGAUCAAGUCGGCGCGCCUCCUUGACCUCGUCAUCAGAGACUACACUUUCCGAUCAUACAACAAGAACUUCAAAACAGGGAAGCUCCACAAAAUCAAUCUCCCCGCAAACCUCUCCGGCAUCGACGUCCUCACCGCUAGGUUCCGCUGCGGCAGCCUCCGCCGUUACGGCGCCCGGAUCAAAGAAUUCCGGCUAGGCGUCGGCGUCUCCGUCCGCGCCUGCACCAAAAGAGUCAUGUUGGUUCGACAAAACCUCGGAUCGAAUUGGUCUUCCUUAUACUACGAAAACUACGAACUCUCGGGCUAUCAGCUCAUCUCCCCUGUUUUAGGCCUACUCGCAUACAACGUCGGCGCUACAACCGCCGCCACCGUUCCCUCCGAGCUCGAAAUCCAGGCCGGAAAAAAGCCAAUUAUCAUUGACUUCGGCGGCACUGAUCUGAUCAACACGUCGUCGUCGUCGCCGGGGAUCAUUCCUUUGUGCGCGAACUUCGCGCUGGACGGGAAAGUCACGCUGUCAAACCAAGCGAGGCCUAACGUUUGUGUCGCGACGAGAGAUGGACAUUUCGGGCUAGUCGUGGAGUCACCGUUGAUACCGUUGAGACGGAAGGUGAGCAAGUGGAAGAUCGCGAUUGGGAGCACGAUCGGAGCUGCCAUGGCGGCGGUUCUGUUGAGCUUGCUGGCGGUUGCGAUGCUGGUGAAUGCGAAGAAGAAGGCGAGGAUGGAGGAGAUGGAGAGGAGAGCUUAUGAAGAGGAGGCUCUGCAGGUGUCCAUGGUUGGACAUGUCAGAGCUCUUACGGCGACCAGCACCAGAACUCUGCCUGCAAUUGAGCACGAUGAGUCUCCUAUUUGAUUCGAUUUGAUUUUAUGAUGAUCAUCAAGUUCUUUUUUUUUUUUUUUUUUUUUUUUUUUUUUUGGAUUUUAGUGUAGAUUGUUAGUUCAUGUCUGAAUCUUUUGCCUUUUUUGGGUUUGUUGUAUGAAUGUUGGAGCUUAGGAACAUCAAUGCACUGAAAGAUUGACACUGAAUCCGAUUCAUUUCAAGUGUAGGAUUUUUGUGGAAAUGCUGACGAAUUAAUCCAU